AUGACAAAGAGGAACAAUAAGGCCCACAAGAAGAAUACAAGCAAUAAGGGUGGCCUAACUUACAAAGAUAGUCCAAUAGAGGGGAGCACAUCGGGUGGGUUAGGGUUGCAACCAGACCCGAAUAGACACCACGAUUUGUCUAAGUUUAACAAGCUUAUUUUGAGAAAUCGUGGGCUAAGCUCUGAGUAUAACCUUGGUUCAGAUAUGGGGGAAAACGACAUCGUGGGGAAGGGUAAAGGGAGAAGUUCAAGAGGGAGUGGAAAAGGGAAACUAAGGGAUUCGGACUACUCAAUUAUGAUUAAAGGGGGGAAACAGAGGGGUAGACUAUCACCGGUCUUGAAGGUGGCGCCGCUGAUGUCGAAUUGUUCAGCCAUGGGGGUGAGUCGGGAGCAUAGUCAACCUAAGCCUCCCGAUCCAAAACCGAUUGCCCUUUUGGCUGUUCAAGCUGACUUAUCAGAGGGGGUAGUUUCGGAGCUACAUCCAGCCAAGCCGCCGGACCUGAGUGGAGAAGUCCAUGCAGAAUUACCACCAGAUACUGUACUGCAGGAAGUGUGUGCAAAGGCCCCCCAAUAG